CCUUCUCCCCUCUGUCAGAGAGGCUAAAACGUCCCUAGGACAGUCCGUCUAUUCCUGUCUCUACUCUAGAACCACCCCUCUAGCAUCAAUGCACAUCUCCUCUUGACAACUAUUCUGAGACACACACACACUUCCACACACACAUACCUAUGUUGCUACGGCAGGCGGCCAGUGGAGGCGAGCACAGUUGAGUUGAUGUUUGACUGCCUUCGCGCCAACUUGAGAUCAUCCCGUAGCUUAGAGCUAGAUCUGUCUGGUGGAUUCCUCUGUCAACUUUUUUAACUGUUUGUCUUCCAACUGAUUGGCUAAGUAAGACAGCGUUUGGGUCAGCCCAGCAAACUGACCUCCAAAGGGAUUAAAAAAAUUUUUAAAGUGCAAACGAGCAGCAAGACUUUUAAAACGUACACGUUUACCUUUUCUAGAUUCACCUUGACAACUUUUAUUUUGUGAGAAAAACAUUUUCUGUUACAAGGAGCGUCCAGUGAACAGCCAGCAUGUGGGAGUUCCGGUCCAUGACGUUUUGGCGGGCAGUCUUCGCAGAGUUCUUCGGGACCAUGUUCUUUGUGUUUUUCGGCAUGGGUGCCGCGCUGCGCUGGACAACCGGACCCAACCACAUUCUGCAUGUGGCGCUGUGCUUCGGCUUGGCAGCUGCCACCAUGAUCCAGUCCAUUGGUCACAUUAGUGGCGGCCACAUUAACCCGGCCGUCACCUUUGCCUACCUGGUGGGUUCCCAGAUGUCCCUGUUCCGCGCUUUUUUCUACUGGGCUGCCCAGAUCCUGGGGGCCGUGGCCGGGGCCGCUGUGCUCUAUGGGGUCACCCCCAACAACAUGAGGGGCAACAUGGCUCUCAACACGUUGCAGCCUGGUAUCAGCCUGGGCAUGGGUACCACAGUGGAGGUGUUCCUGACCAUGCAGCUAGUGAUAUGUAUCUUUGCCGUGACAGAUGAGAGGAGGAACGGACGCAUGGGCUCUGCUGCCCUGUCCAUCGGCUUCGCUGUCACCAUCGGACACCUCAUGGGGAUGUACUACACCGGUGCUGGAAUGAACCCUGCAAGGUCUUUCGCCCCCGCUGUGCUCUUCAGGAACUUUGUAAACCACUGGGUGUACUGGGUGGGUCCCAUGAUAGGAGGUGCUAUGGGAGCUCUUCUGUACGAUUUCAUGCUGUUCCCCCGUAUGCGUGGUCUGUCUGAGCGCCUGGCCACACUGAAGGGCAGCCGACCCCCCGAGACGGAGACCCAGCAGGACAACCGUGGGGAGCCCAUCGAGCUCAAGACACAAUCCCUAUAAACCUGCCCAUGUCUGGAGACAAGGGACAGGCCCUGUGUCCGCCAACCCCCACGCUGGCCCCAUCCCAUGAGCACAUACACAGUCCCUCUCAUUGACUCACUAACUAACACACAGGCACAUGCAGAUUCAGACAUAUAUUGAUGCAUAAACUGUACACACACCCAGACACAGACAGGUUCACAACCUUCAACCUCAAUAUGCAACGAGACUCCUCUGCUUCCAACCUCACUCUGUAUCCUGAACUGGACAUGGUGUUUGAUAGAGGUGACCAGUGCCUGCUCCAACAGUCCCACUACCUCCCCUCUCCUCCUCCUCAGCCACACAGAGUCUUCCCCUCACACACCCACACAGACUGAAGGACCAGACCUGUCAGCACAGAAGCAUGUGAACCCUGUGUCUAGCAGGAAAACUAGGGGAGGGGUAUGCAGGUAGGGGGGUGAGGGUGAGGUAUAGGUGGGUAUGUAAGUAUGGUCGGGGUAAGAGGUAAGGGUAUAGGAUAGAGGGUUGGGGUGUAGAUGGGGUAAAGGGUUUGGGGUGAGAAUAGAGGGGCAACACUCCAAGUUUUUAGUUGUAUAGAUUUGAGUCAGGCCUGAGCAACUCGAGUCCUCUGGGACCUGAUUGGUGUCACACUUUUGCCCCAGCCCCAGCUAACACAUCUGACUCCAAUAAUGAAGAUCUUCAGCUUGAAUGCAAUUAGUUUAAAUCAGCUGUGUUUGCUAGGGAUGGGGAAAAGGGUGACACCACUCCGGCCCCGUGGACUAGAAUUGCCCAGGACUGAAACCAAUGAAGAUGGGCAUGUUUUUUCAUUAUUUAUCAGAUUUUAUCUCUAAAUUUUUUCAGUUUAAUUUUGUUUUCUGCACUUCAGACACAAAACGUGGAUGUAUGAAACCAUUUGAUUUGAGCAAGGUUUCAUUUUUAAAAUCACUUAAUUUUAUCUGUGUGUGUGUGUGUGUGUGUGUGUGUGUGUGUGUGUGUGUGUGUGUGUGUGUGUGUGUGUGUGUGUGUGUGUGUGUGUGUGAUCGAGUUCGCAGAUUUAUUUAGUUUAUUUUCAUUACGCUCCUGUUUGUAUCAUGAUUAUGUUUCAUAGAAUUAUCAAUUUUUAAGACAUUAUAAUUUUUCCUCCCUUCACUGUGGUAUUUGCUAUGAUAUUCAUUUUUACACAAACCAUCUGCUUUUGUGUUCAGAAAAAAAACACAAUUCAAAGGAAAGGUAUCCCAGACUGGACUGAUUCUGUUCACUGCAAAAAGGCUGUGUAAGCUUUUCAUUGAGUCUCCUUUUAUGAUUUGAUCCUUGGGAGCACAAAGCUGUUUAAACCAUAUUUAAAUUAAAAAUAAAUACAAAAACUUGAUACAAAA